CUGAGUGCGUCAAGUUCCUCUUGGAUCGUGUACUCAACUACAUAGCCAACACGAGGUAUGCUACGAUGAUGGCCUCGUCCUUGCGUCCUUCUGCUCUCGCACGGCUGCGACCAAACCGUCUUCACUUGAACUCCUGUCCUUCAGUCCGCAGCGUCCAGACAACCGCCUCCCAGUCAAACCCGCUCCGAACCGGUCUAUACGCAACCGUCUUCGCGGUGUCCACCGGGCUAUUCGCUGUAUACUACUUCGACAGUAGAUCGGCUUUGCAUAGAUAUGUCUUGACUCCGCUGCUCCGGUAUACCGUGGAUCCGGAGACAGGACAUAAGGUUGCGGUACAGGUGCUGCGAAGCGGUUUGGGACCAAAGGACGUCGUGCCCGAUGAUGAGAGGCUGAGGGCGGAGAUAUGGGGAAGGGAAUUAUCCAACCCAAUAGGCAUCGCAGCGGGCUUCGAUAAAGACGGGGAUGCCAUCGACGAUCUCUUUGACCUCGGAUUCAGCUGGGUCGAGAUUGGCAGCGUGACUCCAAAGCCGCAGCCAGGAAAUCCCCGUCCACGCGUCUUCCACCUACCCACAGACUCCGCUAUGAUAAACCGAUACGGCUUCCCGUCGAAGGGGCACGAAUACGUGCUAGCUCGCCUGCGGGCCCGCCUAUCCUCCGCUUUAGGGCUCGAGUCACAGACGGACCAGCCGGCGAGUCUGCGCCCGGACGCAUUGCUCGCAGUCAACUUAGGAAAGAACAAGGAGUCCGAUCCCGCAAGCGCGGACGAUUUCGUAAGGGGAGUGAGGGUUUUCGCGCCGUAUGCAGAUGUCCUGGUGGUUAACGUAUCGAGCCCGAAUACUCCCGGCCUGCGUGGCCUCCAAGGCCGCGAACACCUCAGCAAUCUCCUCAAAACAGUCUCCGAAGCCCGAGACGCGCCCCUCUUCCCUAGUACCUCAUCCACCUCCGCUUCGCGGAAGCCGAAAAUCGUCCUCAAAAUCGCACCGGACCUCUCCGAGGGCGAAAUAAUCGACAUCGCCGAGGUCGUCAAAGCAGCGGGCAUCGACGGCGUCAUCGUCAGCAACACGACAGUUCAGCGCCCUCCCACCCUUGCGGAUCCUAACAAGUCCGAAACCGGCGGCCUCUCAGGUCCCCCACUGAAGCCCCUCACACUCCGCUGCCUGCGCACGCUCCGCGCUCAUCUCCCGGCAAACACGCCUAUCAUCGGGUGCGGCGGCGUCUCCUCGGGCGCCGACGCACUCGAAUACGCGCGAGCGGGAGCAUCAUAUGUGCAAAUGUACACGCACUUUGGCUACGACGGCGCGGGCGCUGCGCGGAGGGUGAAGGACGAGCUGACGAGCCUACUCGAGAAGGAGGGGAAGACGUGGAGGAGGCUGGUGAGCGAGAGCAUGGCGGCAACAGCGGAGAAGCGGGAUAUGAGUAAACCGAGGGAAGAAGCGCCGAGGACGGUGGAGCAGCUCAUUGAAGAGGGGGAGGAGCUAAAGGGGCUGUUGGAUCGUUUGGCAGAGAGGAUGAAGCGGGAGGCGGAUACCAUAGGGGAGAUUGACAGCGAUGUCACUGCUGUGCCGCCCACUGCUAUCUGAGUAGAUAUGAGACGAGUUUCGUGAUUAGACGACUUUAGAUACAGCAGUGAGUCAUAAAUACAGCAGGUUAUCUCUACGAAUACGUGGUCAUCAAGUAGGUUGUCGUUAACGUUUAGGCUCUUCCUGACAUCGCUCACCGUUCGAGCCUGAACCAUAACGGAAUCAGGUUCCAGAUACGCUCGCGCUCCCUCGUCGCCCACGUCUCCAGACUACGUGCGCACGCCUCGCACUCCGAGAACUCGACGCUCUUCAGCUGGCCGAGCUCCUCGGCGACAUACAGCGGGUCCGAGUACCCCCGUUCGCGG